GAGCCUUAUCUUCUCUCGUCUUCUGCACGACACUCCUUUCUCUCGCCGGAACACACUAGUACUCCCAUCGAAUAUAGAAAGCAUGAGCAGGAGCAGCGUGCCGGAACAAACUCCCAUCCAGACAAACAGAUGGUCUCUCGCCGGGUCGACUGCUCUGGUCACCGGAGGCUCCAAGGGAAUCGGGUAUGCGAUCGUCGAGGAGCUCGCCAGACUUGGAUCGGCAGUGCACGCUUGCGCCCGCAGCGAAGCAGAUCUGGAGAAGUGCCUGCAACAAUGGCGCGAUUCCAAGCUCAACGUCACCGGAUCUGUCUGCGACGUUUCGUCCCCGAGCGAGAGAGAGAAGCUCAUGGCGACGGUGAAGUCCCAAUUCGACGGGAAGCUCAACAUUCUGGUUAACAAUGCAGGGACGGCAGUCUACAAACCGACGGUGGAGCAAACAAUGGAGGAUUUCAAGCUCUUGAUCAGCACAAACCUGGAAUCGGCGUUCCACUUGAGCCAACUCGCUUACCCUCUUCUUAAGGCUUGUGGAGGUGGGAGUAUUGUGUUCAUCACCUCCAUCUCUGGCUUAAUUGCCCAAGAUAAUCUCUCUGUGUAUGCAUCAACCAAAGGAGCAAUGAAUCAACUGGCGAGAAAUCUUGCAUGUGAAUGGGCCAAAGAUAACAUUAGAACAAACAGUGUAGCUCCAGGGUACAUAAAAACGCCACUCACUGAGCUUUUGCUGGAAGAUGAGGAAUUUGUGGCAAGGGAAAAUCAUCGCGUGCCUCUUGGGCGUUGGGGGGAGCCGGAGGAUGUGGCCGGCGUCGUGGCAUUCCUUUGCCUCCCUCCUUCUUGCUACGUGAAUGGUCAGGUUAUCGUCGUCGACGGAGGUAGAAUUAUCAACGGAAAUCACUAAGUAGCUACGGAGAUAUCUUUGAAUAAGGUGGGUGUAGUUGAACUCUUCAUUUAAGUUCUUGUACGGGGAAUUAUAGUCCCUGCCCAGUUGGUUAGAUGGCAGACUUGGUAUAAUGGGUAAGUGUUCAAUUUCCGAUAGAUAUAUAUUCUCGGAUAGAAAAUCCUUUCAACUUGACAGUUAGUUGUAAGUGUGAUUUACUUUAUAUAAUUUGAGGACAGAUGAUGAAAAACGUGUGUGAUGAAUGUAAUUAUCUAUUUUAUGACAAUUGCAUGUAGAAUAAAUAUCCAGAGCCUUAUUCACUGUAA